GGUUGAUCCAGAUAAAACAACUAUACUAUGAGCACUAGACUACCAUCAUCUGUGAGUUUUGACGAAGAAGAAGAAGAAGACUUCUUUAAGAAAAUAUGGGCCAGAUGUAAAGAAAAUCCCUUUGUUCCCGCGGGUACAUUAGCUACAACCGGUGCCAUUACGUUAGCUGCUUUUUCAAUGCACAAAGGUAAUCGUAAGAAGACCAACAUAUAUUAUAGAUAUCGUGUAUUAUUCCAGGGGUUAACAUUGGUUGCAUUAGUUGUUGGGGGUUUAUUCUUCCAAAAGGAAGCUCAAGGGUCCCAAAAGAGUAAAGAGGAUUUAUUACGAGAAAAGGCUAAAAAGAGGGAACAAUUAUGGAUUGAAGAAUUGGAAAGAAGAGAUGCAAUUAUUCAAGCUAGAAAAUUAAGAUUACAACAAUCCAAGGAUGAAUUAAGGGAAUUGGCCAGGGAAGAGUUUGAAAAGGAAAGAUUACUUGAAGAUACUGAAAAGAAACAGUAAGCAAAGCAUGUGGAUAUCUAAGUUCGACUACUGCAAAUAUGUACAUAGUAUUGAAAAUAAUGCAAUAUGAUUCAGGCACAUUCUAUAAAUUUGUAUUAUCACACACUACGCAAAUUAACCUUCUAUUAACUCUCUCGUACAAAGCUCCAACUUUAACAAAGAUAAUUCUGUAAAUGUGGGAAGAUUUAAAGUUUUAUAUGCUUGCGACAUAUUCAAUGGAGCUUCAUUUUUAACCUUGUCUACUAUGUCUUUUCUUAAUACUGAUAACUUGACAUUCAGAUCUGCAAUAAACACAUCUGAAUUCCAUUCUUCAAACUUGGACAAGUUUUUCAUAUUGUCAACGGUAAUUAUUAUAGCAUUAGGAUUAGUUGACCUUAUAAACUUUGUUAAAUCACUCAUAAUGGAAGACUUCACAUGGUUCAAUAUUACAAACUCAUAAGAUCCAGUAAUAGUUUCAUUAUCAAGCUCCUUUAAAUUACUAUAUGUAACAUUAUACUCCUCCACUAGCUUACUAUUGUCUUCACUGACAUAUAAUAUCCGAUCAUUCAGAUCACAUUCAAAUCCUUCUAGUACUCCAAUAACAUCGCAAAAUGCAAUAUUCCCCUGAGGACAUUCUUCACUUAUUCUAUUACUUAUAAAAUUAAACAACUCGUCAAAUCCACCACUUGGACUAUUCAAUCGAAAUGUUCCAGGUGUAACCGAUGAUACAACCUUACUUAUAUUAGGAACAAUCUUAUAAUAUUCUUCUCCGUUAUACUUGGCCCGUUCUUCAGUAGGUAACAACGGAAAUUCAGGUCGAAGUUCAUGUUUGGUUCGGUGUUGUAGGUGGGAUAGCACCAUGGACAAUCUUGCUUGUGCUGACAUUAGUAAUGGCUGCCAAAAAAUAAAUAGGAAAUUUUUUUCGAUGUAUGUAAAUGUGAAUAUGCAAAGACUAUACUGAGUAUGGUGAUUCAGUUGUUGUAUAUGUCCCUGACAAAGCUGGAAAGAAGUAUCGCUAGUUGCUGAUAGUGGUUAUUAGGUGAUGUGGUCUGUU